AAGAAUAAGAAGAAGAGGCUCGAGUGCAUACUACUAACAUCGGUGUUGGUGCAGUGUUCGUUCAAGUGUCCACGAUGCGAACCGAGUGAAACGAGCCACUUCUAAAAACCUCCCCCCCCCCCCCUCUGUGCGCGCGUGUACGUGUGUGAGCUCGUGUCGUGGCCUCGAGUGCAUGGUGGAAUGUUAGUGGUGGAAAGUUGGUUCGUUUCGAGUUCGUUGCGAAACCCCUUUGCGAAACGCAGGGACAACAAGAGGGAAGGAAGAAGGCGGGAAGGAAGAGGAAAGGAAGGAAGGAGGAAGCCGUGGGACGCGGAGGAGGUGGGAUUAUUAAAGCGGCCGGACCCUAAUCCGGUUGCGUUGCUCGCGUUUACGUGGCCGAGGCGAAAACUAUGCGGCACGAGGCACGAUGAUGGGGCCAAGAAUCGGUGGUGGCCUACCGAGCGGGAAAAAGUUGGACCUGUGCCAGCAGCCGCGUCACACUUGGACAGUGUUGCUGGUGUAUUUGGGCAUCUGCGCCUUGCUGCCUGUCACGAUUCUCUCCGCGCCUGUACAACUUCGCGAAAUAUCGAAGGAGGGCCCGGAGAGGCGACCAAACGACGCCAAUAAUGACUCAGCCGAAGGGGAUUUACCCGUUUUUGAGCCGACAGCGGCGAACGUCAGCGCAUUCGUCGGACAAACCGUGUACCUGCCAUGCCGUGUGCGAAAUUUGGGAGAUAAAGUGGUGUCCUGGAUGAGAAGCAAGGACCUCCACAUUCUCACGUCAGGAAAUACCCUGUUCAGCUCGGACGCGAGAUUCGGCCCUCUGCACACACCGGGUAGCGACGCGUGGACGCUCAGGCUGGACAACGCGAGGAAGACGGACUCGGGCAAAUACGAAUGCCAGGUGAACACCGAGCCCAAAAUGAUGUAUGCUGUUCAGCUGUCCGUCCGAGAUCCUGACAAACCGGAGGGCUACGACGAGCCGCAUUCUCAGCAGACGCGAAUAAGUUACGAGAGCACGGCACCAGUGGCUGCGAUAAUGGGUCCACGGGAGCAGAGCGUGCCAUCGGGGUCGACCAUCACCUUGAGGUGCGUCAUAUUGUCCCCGUAUCAGACUCGGCCCAUCAGGGGCGUGCAAUGGCUCCGGGAUAACAAACUCCUAACAUUCCAGGCUGCACGAGGGGGAAUAAACGUGGAGACUGAAAGAGGCGCGGCUCGAACAGUGUCGGAAUUGACUCUGGCAGCGGUCACGCCGCACGAUGUCGGGAAAUAUUCGUGCAGACCGACCGAGGGGCGAACGGACACAGUGAUGUUGAUCGUCGAGCCAGGAGAACGUACGGAAGCCAUGCAACGUGACGCCGGAUACGUCUCUUCCGGAUGUGACGUGAGCCACUGGGCCGGGCUCCUACUUCCGUUCUCGUGGUUUCUAAUACUCGCACGAAACAGCCAAACUUUCCUGCAAUAGCGCACCACACUCCGACACAGUAUUUCACGCGUGUUCCACUCUCUCUUUCUCCCCAUCUCUUCCACAUUCUCCCAUUCUGUCUUUCCACCAAAAGCGGAUGGAGAAAGUACCUAGAAAUUCGACCAACGACUAUUAGAUACGUAAGUUAGAUACUAGUAGAAAUUAUCGAUAGGAGAGAGGGUAACGAGGGUAACGCCAUCCCAAUCCGUAAUACAAUUCCGCUAUACCGAAGUUUUCGUUCGAAUUUCAAAAGCGAAUGUUUCAUAUAUAUAUUCGCAAAGUGCUUUGCGGAAAUAUCGAAGGAAAGGAUCGAUUCUCUUUUUCCCUCCUCCUUUGUUUCGAAGAAAUUUUACUUUUUAUUCGCGAUACUUAUUCCAUCGUAUUGUUCAAAGCAAAUAACCGGGACAAGAUCGCGUAUGAAAUAGAAAACGGUGAUUUUGCAGAUAUCCGAAUCGAUGGAAUCGAUUACGCACUCUGGUUCAACGAGAGAAACGAGAGAAUUAUUGAAAUACCACGAAGCAACGCUUUGUGUGUGUAUAUAUAUAUAUCUCUACUUUAAAACUAGGGGAUGCAUCGCGUCGUAUUUCUUAUAUCGAAGAUAAAAUUCGAAUAUUUGAAUUUGAAAAACGGAGCAAAGCAAUAGACGAUUUAAUCGGGAUGAUAAUAUUUUCGAAACUACUCUUCUUUUAAAUGUUGCACGAGAGAUCGGUCCCUUCCCCUCGAGGGAAUUAUUAAACGGAUCGAGAAAGUAUAAUCCGAGAGGAUAAUUCAUCGGAAAAAUGGUAGUGGGAACGAGGAGAUGGUAUCGAGAUGGAGGAGGAACUGGUAAAUUUAUUUUUUACGUAAAUAAUUCAGAGAGAGCGAGCCGCAAUGGAGCGCUUGAUCCCGAAACGGUACGCCUUUUUCGCAUGCU